AUGCAGCGCGCAUUGAGCACCCGGGCUCGGGCUUCCGUCCUCUCCUCAGCGGCUACCAAGUACCGAGCUGGCAGCCUCAGCCAGCAGGUCCGAUUUGCUCACAAGGAGCUCAAGUUCGGUGUUGAGGGCCGUGCUGCUCUCCUCGCUGGUGUCGAUACUCUUGCUAAGGCUGUUGCUACUACCCUCGGUCCUAAGGGCCGAAACGUCCUCAUUGAGUCCAGCUUUGGAUCUCCCAAGAUCACCAAGGACGGUGUGACCGUUGCCCGCGCCGUCAGCCUCAAGGACAAAUUCGAGAACCUCGGUGCCAAGCUCCUCCAAGAUGUUGCUUCCAAGACCAACGAGGUUGCCGGUGACGGUACCACCACCGCUACCGUCCUCGCCCGUGCCAUCUUCUCUGAGACUGUCAAGAACGUCGCCGCUGGCUGCAACCCUAUGGACCUCCGCCGCGGUAUCCAGGCUGCUGUUGAGGCCGUUGUCGAGUUCCUCCAGAAGAACAAGCGUGAUAUUACCACCAGCGCUGAGAUCGCUCAGGUCGCCACCAUCUCCGCCAACGGUGAUGUCCACAUCGGCCAGAUGAUUGCCAACGCCAUGGAGAAGGUCGGCAAGGAGGGUGUCAUCACCUGCAAGGAGGGCAAGACCGUUGCCGAUGAGCUCGAGGUCACCGAGGGUAUGCGAUUCGACCGUGGCUUCGUCUCCCCCUACUUUAUCACCGAUACCAAGUCCCAGAAGGUCGAGUUUGAGAACCCUCUCAUCCUCCUUUCCGAGAAGAAGAUCUCUGCUGUUCAGGACAUUAUCCCUGCUCUUGAGGUCUCCACCCAGCAGCGACGACCUCUUGUCAUCAUUGCUGAGGACAUUGAGGGUGAGGCUCUCGCUGUUUGCAUUCUGAACAAGCUCCGUGGCCAGCUCCAGGUUGCCGCUGUCAAGGCCCCUGGCUUUGGUGACAACCGCAAGUCCAUCCUCGGCGAUCUUGCUAUCCUCACCGACGGCACUGUCUUCACUGAUGAGCUUGAUAUCAAGCUUGACAAGGCCACCCCUGACAUGCUCGGUUCUACCGGUUCUAUCACUAUCACAAAGGAGGACACCAUUGUCCUGAACGGCGGUGGCAGCAAGGAUGCUAUUGCUCAGCGAUGCGAGCAGAUCCGUGGCGUCAUUGCCGACCCUACCACCUCUGAGUAUGAGAAGGAGAAGCUCCAGGAGCGUCUCGCUAAGCUCUCUGGCGGUGUUGCCGUCAUCAAGGUUGGUGGCUCUUCCGAGGUUGAGGUCGGCGAGAAGAAGGACCGAUUCGUCGAUGCCCUGAACGCCACCCGUGCCGCCGUUGAGGAGGGUAUUCUGCCCGGUGGUGGUACUGCCCUUAUCAAGGCCUCUGCCCACGCUCUUAACGAGGUUCCUACUGCCAACUUCGACCAGCAGCUCGGUGUCAGCAUCGUCAAGAACGCCAUUACCCGCCCUGCCCGAACCAUCAUCGAGAACGCCGGUCUUGAGAGCUCCGUUGUUGUCGGCAAGCUCACUGACGAGCACGCUGGUGACUUCAACAAGGGUUUCGAUAGCUCCAAGGGCGAGUACGUUGACAUGAUCAACGCCGGUAUCCUUGACCCCUUCAAGGUCGUCCGCACCGGUCUGAUCGAUGCUAGCGGAGUUGCCUCUCUUCUGGGUACCACUGAGGUUGCCAUCGUUGAAGCCCCUGAGGAGAAGGGAGCUGGUGGUCCUCCUAUGGGUGGCAUGGGCGGCAUGGGAGGAAUGGGCGGCAUGGGAGGUAUGAUGUAA